AUGAAGUCCGGGCUUCCGAUCAGUUUAGGCCAGUGAUCGAAGCCGGAUAAUCCGAUCGGGUUGAAACCGUAACCCGAAAUACUUCAAUCCAAGUCCAAGAAGCCUGCAAAGUUUGGGCCCGAUCGGAAUAUUACAAAUGGGUCAAAAGUCCAGCGCAAUUGUCCAGCUCUGCAAAAAACUACUAAAAUUGAACACGUUUCCAGUCACUAAAAAAGUAAAACAGUUGGAAUUCACUUUAAAAAUGUUACACUGUUACGACACCUUUAAAAAUAGAGUAAUUUCAGGAACAUCAAGGGACUUUUGGUGUCGAAAGGCUCCUCGUUCACCACCACUCUCGCCAAACAAGAGGCCGAUUUGACGCCCGAAAUGAUUGCUUCGUACGCUUUUCUUUGAAAAACAAUUACUCGAUUCAGAAUUCAAUAGCAUAGUUCUUGCAGAAGUUUUUCUGAUUUUUCAGUGAACCGAAUUUUUUUAAAAACAUUUCCUCGGAAAGCCUUCAAUAACAACGAAAAAACAUGGUGUAAACAUUAAAAAAAAAGUGGAAAAAAGUGGAAUUGAGUAAAAUAUUUUUCGCGAAACGUAAUUUUUGUGAGUUUUGCAGUGGAUCGUGGAAAGAGAAGCAGUUCAAAAAGUACAAUUUCGAGUCGUUGGGCGUGGUUCCCGCGAGCGGACACCUCCAUCCGCUGAUGAAAGUGCGUUCCGAGUUCCGGCAGAUCUUCUUCUCGAUGGGAUUCUCCGAAAUGGCCACGAAUCGAUACGUCGAGUCGUCCUUCUGGAACUUUGACGCCCUUUUCCAGCCGCAACAGCAUCCCGCCCGCGACGCCCACGACACUUUCUUCGUUUCCGGUUCGUCGAGAGGGAUAUUGUGAGAAAAGCGGUGUUUCGUUUUCUCCGAUUGAAUCGCAAACUCGCCCCGGUCCCGCUAAAAUGACAUGUUUCCCCAUUCAGACCCGGCGGUGAGCACGAAAUUCCCGGAGGACUACCUGGAACGCGUGAAGACGGUGCACUCGAAGGGCGGCUACGGAUCGGCCGGCUACAACUACGACUGGAAACUCGAGGAGGCGCAGAAGAACGUGCUGCGGACGCACACGACCGCCGUCUCCGCCCGCCAGCUCUAUCAGUUGGCGCAGGAGGUAACGAAUUUUACAGAAAAAAAAUGAACGAAAUUGUAGUAUUUCCAAUCGAAAAACACCUGGAAAUUUCCAGCCCUUUCCCGUUGCGUUCAUUUCCUCCCGCGCGCGCCCUCAAGUCUAGGCCCUCUGUCCCCGCUGUCUGGUGUUGCACGUGUAGCGCAGUCGGUUGUGUGGCCGCGGCCGUCUCCGCUGUCGUCUCUCUUCUCAUCUCUCGCCCGGUCUGUGCCUCGGAUCAACCUACGUGGCUGUGACGGUUUCCGGAUCGGGAAAAUGGAAUUGCGUCGUACCGAUGGAAGCGGUUCCGGAGCCAACUCUCUCGGUGUGACGCACAUUUUUGAAAUUGUUUUGGGGUGAUCGCACCACUUUUUUUCUGAUUCUUGGACAUUGAGCUCUUCUUCGCAAAAUGAGCAAAAAUGUAUUUUCUUUAGGGAUUCCGGCCGUCGAAGUUGUUCUCAAUCGACCGCGUGUUCCGUAACGAGACGCUCGACGCGACGCAUUUGGCCGAAUUCCACCAGGUGGAGGGCGUGAUCGCCGAAAAGAACCUCAGUCUGGCCCAUCUGAUCGGCGUCUUCACGGAGUUCUUCAAGAAAUUGGGCAUCACGAACCUCCGCUUCAAGCCCACCUACAAUCCGUACACCGAGCCGAGCAUGGAGAUCUUCGCCUACCAUCAGGGACUCGCAAAAUGGGUCGAGGUUUGUAAAAAUAUGAAUGAAUUCAUUUUUUUUGACCCACUUGCAAAAAUCCGAUCGAGCCCAAACUUUGCAGGCUUCUUGGACUUGGAUUGAAGUAUGUUGGGUCCGAGUUUCAGACCGAUCGGAUCAUCCGGUCCCGAGAUAUGUAGAUCAGAGGCCGAAAGCCCGGGCCAAGGCAAAAAUCGGCAAAUGAUACACAUAGCUCGGGACCAGAUGAUCCGAUCGGGCUGAAACUUUGACCCAAUAUACUUCAAUCCAAGUCUAACAAUUCUGCAAAAUUUGGGUCCAAUCGGAAUAUUGCAAGUGGUUCAAAAGUCCAGGAAAAGGGCCGGCUAAUUGCCGAGCCCUGGCUCAAAUUGAAAAAUGAUACUCUUUUCUUUUGUUUGCCAAACAAAAAUAAAUUGCAGAUUGGAAAUUCGGGAAUGUUCCGUCCGGAAAUGCUGCUUCCGAUGGGCCUGCCGGCCGACGUCAACGUGGCCGGAUACGGACUGUCUCUGGAGAGACCGACGAUGAUCAAGUACGGAAUCAACAAUAUUCGCGACCUUUUCGGCAGCAAAAUCGACCUCGAAGUGGUCUACAACACGCCCAUUUGCAGACUCGACAAAUGA